UGCAAAUAUUACUUCUGAGGGUCUUCCAAGCGGCGUGAAUCUUCAUUCGUCAUGGGGCACGUCAGGGUCGUCCCUAGCUGCCGGCGCGGUAGUGAAAGCUGCUCCAGAACUGUUGCAGCUAGCUUGGCCAGCGAUUUUGCAGUUGUGCUGCACACAGAGUUUACCGGUGAAGACCGUUGGUACAUAUCUCAAUGCCUUUCUCGAUUAUGAAACGCGACUGGCAACACAUAAAACGGACCUUGCGGAAAGCAGGAUGUUCUACGACGAAUACGUGGAGGAUUACGCGGGGAAACAAGAGCGGCACUUCAAACGAGCGAAGGAAGAGGCUAAGGAGGAUUUGUUGUUGGAUCCCGAGUUGUUAUCCACGCAAGAGGCCAUGCAGCACAUGGUUCGUGUACGGUUGUUUAGUAGUGAGGAGAGUGCCAUUGGG